CUGAGCCUUCUUCCGUUCCCGAUGCUGAAUCUUUCCAAGACUCUCAACUUGAGAUCCCAACAGAUGUAGGUGAAUUUUUUACAAGUGCAGAUGCAGAACCUUCCUCAUUCGAAUUCGAAGAUACCGAUUCCUCCACAAAUGUUGCUUCAGAACCUUCGUCCGAUGCAGACGCAGAUCCAACAAUCUCUGAAGAUGAUUUUUCAACAAAAUCAGAUGCCCAGCAGUUCACAAGUGAACAAGUUGAACCAUCAACAGAUGUUGUUAACGAGUCUUCCACAAAUGCAGACUCCUCCUUAGAAACACAAGAGCAAGCUGACUCAAGUUCACAUGAAGACACCAAGCCCGACACAAAUGCAUGGUUCCAAACCAGCCCAGAUGCGGAAAUACUCUCCAGCAGUGAACUGAAAUCUCUUUCAGAAUCAGAAACACUCUCGGGAAGAGAAAGCCAAACCGAACUCCUUGGUUCUGCGAGUACCGCCAUCGAAGAAGACAGUACAAUAACUCAAUUCCCUCCUACAGUUGCAGAAAUAGGUUCUAAUAUGACUCAAAUAAGAUGUCGAUUUACCACGAUUCGUGACGAAACGUUAUUGGUUACUACAUGCGAUGAGUACAACAUUUGUGAAACUUAUACUAAAGUUCGCCGGAUUGAUGUUGAAACUUUUUGCCCAACCGAUACAACAAUUGACAGUACUACCACCGAGCCUUACAGUUCUCUGAACCAAGAAGUGUUGGAGACUAUGUCACACAUUGAUACCGAAUGCGACGGGAAUUGUGAUGGGGUCAUUAAAGGAUCGAAUAGCGCAAUCACCAAAUCGUCUUCUGCUAUUUCGGCAAUUACAACCACUAAACCUUCCGAAGAGAUUGUUGAUUCUGGUAGUCUGGACGAAGAAAGCUGGUCUCAUAUGACAGAAAUGGCUACUGAAUGCCAAGGAAAAGAUUGUGAAGAAAUUAUUGAAGAAUCGACUACUAGCACCAAGGAAUCUUCUGCUAUUGAAACUAAUGAUCGCCUGGAACAACUUGCUGAUACGAGGAAACAAACUGCUGCCACAUGCGAAGGAAAAGAUUGCGAGAAAGUCAUUGACAGUUCAACAACUAAACCAUCUUCUGCCAUGGAAACUGCUCCUCUGGGACAAGUUGAUGAAACUUUGAGACAAACUACCACUAAAUGCAAACUGGGAGGUUGUAACGGUGCCAUUGAAGAAUUGAAUACAAGAAUUACCAAAGCUGUUUAUCCUCUGGGCCAACAAAUUGUUGAGACCUUGACACAAACUGUUACUGAAUGUGAAGAUCAAGUUUGUAACGAGAGUAUUGAAAUCUUGACGUCUACUAUAACCAAACCACCUUCAGCUAUUGAAACCAAUUAUCCUCUUGAUCAAGAAAUUGUAUUGACUUUGACACACACCAAUACUGAAUGCGAGGGCAGAGUUUGUAAAGAGAUUAUCCAAGAAUGGACCACAACAGUUACUAAAAGGUAUACAGGUAUUGUAACCAGUGCUAGUCCCAGUGAUGGCGGUAAUGCUAGUAUCAACCAUAAUGGUAGUGGAAGUGACGGCGGCAGUGGUAGUAGCAACCGCAGUAAUGAUAAAGGUAAUGUUAUUGACAGCAGUAGUGGCAAUGAAACUCGCAAUGCUAUUGCUGGUAAUGCUAACGGUAGCGGUGCUGGUAGAGACAAUGGAAGUGGCAGCAGGGGCAGUGGCAUUGGGAGUGGCGCUGGUAUUGAUACUGGUAGUGGUAGUGGUAGUGACAGGAGCAGUGGUAUUGCUAGUGAUGUUGAGAGUGGUAACAGCGGCAAUGCUGGCGUUGGUAGUAGUGGCGACAGCAGCAGGGACAGUGGUAUUGGAAGCGGUAUUGGAAUUGGAAGUAGCAGUAUUGCUAGUGAUAGUGGCAGUGACAGUGACAGCACCAAUAUUGGUAUUGGAAUUGGCGGUAGCGGUACUGGUAGUGGAAAUGACAGCGAUGGCAGCCGUGGUAUUGGUAGUGAUACUAGUACUAGUGGUGGUGGAAGUGACAGCAGCAGUAACAGCGGUAAUGGCGGUGCUGGUGACAGCGAAGCUGCUUCAAUCGAACGUGUAUCUGGUACUGCUUUUGGUAGUGGUUCUGUCGAAGAAUCCAAUACCAAUGUUCCAUCUGAAGUAUUAGACGCUGCAGGAAAGAGAUUAGAACCUACCUUACUAGCAGUAUUAUCUAUUGUUAUUCCAUUUGUGAUUUUUUAG